CUCACACAAACCCACCCUCUCUCUCUUCCUUUUUUUUUAUUGGAACGAAAAAAAAAAAAGAAAGGUCAAUGACUACCACGACGACAACGGCCAACAGUCGCUCCAAUACUGUCACGACCAUGAACAAGGGCAUUCUAAAAAAGCCAGCCAAGAAGCCACCUUCCGUUACCUCAACCGGCUCGACCAGUUCCUGGCUCACCCGCAUUCAGUCCAAACUAUAUUAUUCAUCCACAGACGGUAGCGAUCCUUAUGCAGUUCCUGCACUGCCGAGACAAGAGCUGAAACGAGUGACUUUUUCCGUCAGAAAGCUUACGACCGAGUAUAUUCUUUACAACAAUGUGGAUGACAAGGACGACAUGUUGACCGAUACUAGUCAACAAUCGUCACCUUCUCAAACGACGUUUAUAGAUGACCAACAACAAGGCGACGACAACGACAACGAUCAAUUCGACACUAAUUACCAGUCAACAAGCAUUAGCAGUUGCAGGGAAUUGCCCAAAUACUAUGAACGAGCUUGUCGACUUCGUGAAGAACAACCACUGGAAAGCUUUAUGGAUUUGCUACGUUCUAGUUGCUUCUCACGCUUAACGACGAUUAACUUGGCAAAUCAAAUGAUCGACUCGAGACAAGCAGGGCCAAUUGCAGAUAUCCUCAUGUUAAAUUGCGGUCUGUGCAGUCUUGAUCUUUCCAAUUGUGGUAUGAACGACGAGACUGUUCGAAUCUUGCUUCAUAGCUUGCUGAUCACCGAUCGACUCCCUGAAUUAAAACUUGCGGGAAAUGCCUUCAAGGCCGACGGAUUCAAAUACAUUUCUAUCUAUAUUAGCCAGUCAAGAGCUAUCAAAUCAAUAGACCUAUCUCGAUCUGUACCCGAUAAACGAGCGUUACGUUACCUUUCUCACGCAGUCCAUAUCGCCCCAUCAUUACAAAAGUUGAUAUUGGACCAUUGUUCGCUAAAAGCACCAUUGAUCGAGAUCUUGGCUGGCGGUGUCCGUCAAUCCAUAUCAUUGAACCACCUUUCGUUACGCCACAACCGUAUUUCACAAAAUGCAGCACCAUGGAUCGCCGCCAUGUUGAUCAAUGACGAACCGAUCGAAAUGUAUUGGCAAACGGGUGAAUAUCCACGACGCGGGAUUCAGCAAUUGGAUUUGACUGGCAACUACUUGCAGCAAGCUGUCGCAUCUAUUGCCCAAGCAUUAUACAACAAUCGCUCGUUGACACAUUUGAUAUUGACUGACUGUCAGAUAUAUCCAAAUGAAUGUGCUAGAUUGGCCGAAGCUUUGCUUUCAAACCAUCAUUUACAAGUACUCGACCUUUCGGAUAAUCCGUUAGCCAACAAAUCCGAUGAAGGCAUUCAAAGCAUCAAGACAGCAUUGUCAAGAAACCAUUUUCUACGUGAACUCAAUCUUGCAGGGACAGAUCUAGAUUCCAGCGCUGCAAUUGCACUCGCUGAAUGUUUACCCGAAAAUUCAACAUUGUCCCGUCUUGAUCUAUCACGUAAUCCACACAUCACCAUGGCUGGUGUCUUGGCUCUAUCAAUAUCUAUCAAGAUGAAUCACACAUUGACGUUUUUGGAUAUUAACAUACCGCCAAACGAGGUGGACAUGGCCGAAUUACAAAAUGAUAUCGUCGCAGUUUGCACACGCAACAUGCAGCGAUCGUAUGAAGACAGUCUGUACUAUUCACCACAGAAGCUCCAAGAGGUAGAUGAUGACGAAGGAGAACAAGUGGUGUCGGAAGAAGACGCGCUGAACGGAACUUCGUCCUCAUCAACGCUCUCUUCGUCCUCGUCGUCAUCAUCAUCGCCUAGGUCACACAACGAUGACGAUGUUGACGAUGCUUCUUACCAUAACAGCGUUACCAACAGCACGACUACUACCACUACGACUACGACUAUCCAAGAUAAACGUAGCUCGAAUGUCUCAAUAUCCUCAGCUUAUUCUUUCGAUGAGAUUCCCAUGUGAAACAAGUUUAAAACUCGUAUACCAUCUUCUUCUUCUUUAAUUAUACUUGUCGUCUUACUAUCCUUUCUCUCACCGCCAUCAUCUUAUUUCAUAUACCAACAGCCCUUUUUCUUCUCUUGCUUUUCUUUCUGUGAAUAUUAUUUCUUCUAUCAACGUCAUCAUCUACAUUAUCCUAUUCGUUAUAUAAAGCUUUUUUUCCAUCGGUCUUUCAC